CAACAAUGGCUUCUCAAGCCUGUUUCCCAAGCCUGCUUCCGAGGUGAGGCGUCCCGAGCCAAGAUUUUCACUGGAUAAAUGGAGCGGGGCUUCAGCUCCGUGUCGUGGGCCACCAGUAUGCCAGGGUUGCCUGGCGCUAACAGAGCUCUGACGGGGAUUAGUCGUCAUACCAGCCACGCACAGUCAACAACGGAUCGACCAUGGAACUUGAGAUCGGGCUAUGUAUUCACUACGGGUUUUUUUCUUCUUUUUGUUGCUCUACUAUCCAUUCCCUAUAUAAUUUUGCUACGAAGGACCAGUUUUCAGAACUCAUCAAAUGGAACUAUCUACGCCGACUAGAAACAAACCCUGCCGAUCUACACCUCGAUCUCGUCUCAAGUCUCUCUAUCCGACAACUCGCCCUCCGGCGUCAACACUGCGUAAAACGCAUCCCUGACGAGCAUUCCUCGUUGCCCUCCACUGUGUUCAUGCCUAAGAGAUAUUUUGAUGUCGAACCCAUGAACCCACCCAUGACUCCCGACACACUCCGCCAAAAGACCCAACGAUCGCAUCAACAGAACCAGGAACGCGCCUACGUCGCCGCCUCGAGACGAUCCGACCGCAGCAUCGAAGCCCGCGUCCAGUCUGCCCGCAUGGCCAGCCAGGUCCACAAGACCCGCACCGGCAGGGCGCUUCGAGUGUCCGAGGAGAUAGUCAUGAUGGACGAAAUGUACGAGGAAGAGGACGGCGGUCUCUUGCGAUGCUACCGUAUCUUGGGACAGCACCUGCAGACCCCGUCGGUCGACAUGAACUCGAAGGCGGAUGCGUACCUGAAGAGCCGGGUCACCCUGUCCCAGAUGGUCUCGUCCAAAGAAAAGGACUGGCAUGAGAACGAGGUCAACCGGCAGUUUGCUCAGUGCUUCCCUCGCGCUGAUCAGACCAUAUCUGAACGAUGGGCCACGCCUCGACUCUCCAUUUCGUCCAUUUCCUCGCAGGCCCAGGGCGAUCACCAGCAUGCGUCGAAUGUCCAGUCCGUCAACUAUGGGCAAGAACCAUAUCCUGGCGCCCAGAACCAAUCACCCUCGGGCGUCUCCCAGUCCCAACUGGGCGCGGAUACCGUCGCCCUGUCUCCGUCAGCUCUGACACCCGAAUCUACAACUUCCCCGGAGACACCUCAGUCGGACGUCGGGUCGGUUUCCGGGAAUGCCAUACCACCCGACGCUUUCAUGGACUACGGCUCUGACGGAUCGGUACUCACCGCCGAGCUUCCGCUUGAGGCGAAGUUGCUGAUGACAGGCUUUGACCAGCACGACGCCUUUGACCCGGUCAUGUACGGCCAGCAGUGGGAUACGACGCUGAACAGCUCUUACGAGGUGCCGAAAUGCGCCAAUGGAGAGAAUGAGCUAGAUGUUCACGAUGAUUUCUAUUUCAACGGCCUGGAUUCGGCGAAUUGGGACCCCAUUGCCCACCAGAACAACUCUGCAGACGAGCUCUCUUGGGACACAUUUAUCAAUGACUCUGCCUGGAACAACGACCAGUAAUCGGCGUCUGGCCAUGCCUUCUCAUGAUUUAUGGAAUCAUGACCUUUACACUUUUACGUUUUAUGACGUGACGCCGCACACCUAACAAC